UCACUUUGCCAACAAACUGACAGUACAGCAGUUUCUCACUGCAGACGACGUCUUUUGGCAGAAACCAUACUUUUUGUCCGUGAUUAAACUUUGUGAAAACAGCAACAAGCUAGCCAUGUCGAUAAACACAGAUUUAUAGCAUCAACAUGAGAAUUCGUCGAACUGCAUUUACGUGUUCAAGUCGCUUUUUAGCAUUGGUGUAUCUCUGUUACCUAUUUCAGGAUGGGAAUACUCAGCUUCUCAUCAAUGUCAAAAAUCAGGGUGGUGACGUCUUGCAGGAAACAAUCACAUCGAAUGUCACGGAAGAUGUAGUCACACUUGAAUUUCAGAGGUCAGAUGGCACUUUAGUCACCCAAUUAAUUGAUUUUAGACAGAAUGUUCAAAUUUUGAAGGCCCUUGUUCUAGGCGAAGAAGAAAGAGGGCAAAGUCAGUACCAGGUUAUGUGCUUUGUCUCUCACAUAGAAAAGGCUGAAUUUAUAUCAUCAGAUGCUAUGGCAAAGCUCAGACAGAAAAAUCCAGGCACUGUACGAAUGCCUGAAGAAGACCGGGGAAGACAUAACUUCACUAUGGAUCUCUUUGUUGACACAUCUAGAUCUGGAGUAAUAUCCAAACACAUAGUAAAUCUAUGUACAGAGGCCAAAGAUGCUACAUAUACUAGACAAGCAGAUCUUAAACUUUGGUCAGAGCAACCAGGUGCAUCUAUGUCUAUUCUUCUUUCAUCAGUCUCUCCUUUUCCUGUGGAGAAUACAUCUCCUCCUCGAUGUAUCGAGAUCACAAGCAUGUGGAAACCAUGCACCUGUCAUCUUGAAAUGUGUAUUGGAUGGUAUCCAUGCUCAUUAAAGUAUUGCAAAGGGAAGAGUGAUGCAUCAUAUCGCUGUGGAAUUAAGACCUGCCGGAAAUGCAACCUUUUUGCAUAUUAUGUUUCACAAAAGCAAAUGUGCCUCUGGGAUGAAUGACCCCGGCCAUACAGUGGGCUUUUCUCAUCACAAACACAUCUCUUUGUUGGAAAUGACUGAAGUGUUGUGUGGAUAAAGAUGGCUCACUGACUCCACAAACUGUUUCUUUUAUAUCUAGUAUAGUUUUCUGGUAAGAUUAUUAUUAUUAUUAUUAUUUAUUUAUUUUGCUGGAAAUGAGUGAAUGUAGUACGUCCAAUAUAUACUGCAUUACUAUAUGUACAUUGAGUUUUGAUUCAUAUUGACUCUUUAUGUUUGUCUUAUUGAGUGUCACUAUUGAAGUUGUUAUCUGAAGAUCAAAGCAAGUGAUAUUUUUAGUUUAAAAUCUGAUCGGCUAUCACUUGCAAUACAGUUGUGCUUGUACUCCACCAGCAGUGUCCUACCUUUUUGUGAUACAAUAGUUGUAAGGUUUGUUAAAUUGAAUAUUUCUUGCUAUGUGAAUAUAUUUGUUCAAAAUUAUUUUCCAUGACAUAUUUUAUUCAAAUUGGUAUUAGAUUAUGAAACUUCAUUAUUUUAUCUUAGUGAAGAAAGAAAGUGUGUGUGUUUUUUUUUUAAUUGCAAACAUUGUUGGUACAGUUGAUGGAUUUCAAAUUUGCUGUCUACCUGUGUAGAUUAUCAGAGUAGUUUCUGAAAAAAAAAUUUCAAAACAAUGUUUGAAUAGAAUGAGUGAAAGUAUGUAUUUCAUUGCAAUUUUUUGGUUUGGUUUUGUUUUGUUUUGUUUGUAAAGAUGGAUUUAGUCUCGGUGAAGCCAGUGAAGCUGAAGCCACCCCAUCAUUUGAUGGGUAAUCUGAUUAAUCUGAGAACUUAAGCUAGCUUCAAGCUAUAAGAUUACCCAAAACAAAUGGCGGCGUGGCUUCAGCUUCACUGGCUUCACCGAUACUUAAUCCAUCAUGAUCAUGCACGAUGCAGGAUAGCAGAUCAGAGAACUUGAAGUCACUCAUAUAUUUAAUUCAGAUGUUGGUUUGCAUUUUGCAUUGCAAGAUCCUUGCAAUAUUCUGUAUUGUGUUUCUAGACUAGAGUAUAUAUUGUCUUUCACUUUUAAACUUCUGCACUUAAACUACCAAAUUACAGUGGUUUUGAUCCAAUUUAUGUGAUAAAUGGAAACAUUGCUAGCUAGGUAUAAAUUUAUUUACCUAUCUUGAUUGCCUAUGAAGGUAUAAGAAAUACAUUUUGACAAUUGAGAGAAGUGUUGUUUUCAAAUAUUUUUGAUCUCUGUAGUUUUGAGAAAAUAAUACGCAUGCUGGCCUAUCUGAUUGUCAUAAAUGUGCUGCUUGGACAGAAUGUUGUGCUGCAAUUCUGUUAUUUAUUGUGUGUACAAGUUUGAAAAUUGGAAAGGUGUCCUUAUGUCUUUUACAUUUUGAAUGCAUCGUAAGCAUCCAUUGUGUCAGGUUGUUUGGUUUCUUUCUAAUGUUUCUUUGUACUCACAAGAUAAAAGAAUUUGAUUUUUAGUUCUAAUAAUCUGCAAGGGAGUGAGGUCUCUUGGUCCAUUUGUAGCUAUUGACAGGGAGCAAUAUUUUUGUAGGCCCUAGGCACAAUGGAUAUGUAUUUUUUCUUCUUUUUUUUCCAUGCCCUAAGUAAUGACAAAGAACUGAAGACAUUUUUCUGACAGCGGGUGCUUAGUUUUAUCUGAUGUCCUAUGUACUAUGUUAAGAUUUGACUCUAAGUGCCAUUUAUUGUAUUGUAAUUUAAAAUUGAUAUUGUACAUAUUUUGCCUGUUGUGCAUCGCAGAUUACUAAUUUUUUUACAUUUUGUACCUGAUAAAUAAAGCCUUACCACAGAAAUC